AUGCUUUAUCUAGCAGAGGUGGUGCUGAUGCUGCCAGGUCGAGCAUCCAAACAGCAGCAGACUGUCAGACUGAACGCAAGGAAAAGACCCCGACAGAAGAUCACAGCACGCUGUCGGACCAGCUGAGUUUGAAAACGCUUUUGAGGACUCAGAAGAAGGAAGAGAUGACUCUUGCAGCAUACAGAGAGAAAAUGAAGGAGCUCCCUCUAGUGUCUCUCUUCUGCUCCUGCAUCCUGCCAGAGCCUCGGGAGAAGCCCACCAAGAAAACACAAGAUGUUGUGGACCUCAACCUGUGCAUCAUUAAAGACAUGGAGGUGAUCGAGCUAAACAAGCGGGCAUCGGGACAGGCCUUUGAGGUCAUUCUCAGGCCACCAUCUUUUGACGGUCAGAGGGAAUUUCAUCCCACUUUCCCACCUCGCAGGGACCCUUCGCUGGAAGAGAUCCAGAAGAAACUGGAUGCAGCUGAGGAGAGAAGAAAGUGUCAGGAAGCUGAACUUCUGAAGCACUUGGCUGAGAAGAGAGAACAUGAACGAGAAGUGGCCCAGAAAGCCGUAGAGGAGCACAACAACUUCAUCAAGAUGGCCAAAGAAAAACUGGAGCAAAGAAUGGAGAUCAACAAAGAGAACAGAGAGGCUCACAUCGCUGCUAUGCUGGAACGUCUUCAGGAGAAGGACAAGCAUGCUGAGGAGGUGAGGAAAAACAAGGAACACAUUGAACUGGACUGGGAUUAGAAUCAAGAGCAUUUCUUGUCCAGAUUUUUUUUUAAAGAAAACGACAAAAUAAGGCCUAGCAGGUCUUAGUCAUGCUAAGAAAGGCUUUGCUUUGCAAUUGACAGCGAUUUGAAGGCCUAUCCUGCGCUAUUUGCAGUUUGCUGCAGCACAAAACGCAGUGUGUUGUGGAUGUGGAAUUGGGCAUCAAUUGGAAAAUGCAAAAAAGGCGUUUUGUUUUGUGGUUUUGUUUACCGCCAAACUGUGUAAAAUACACAAGUCGUCAUCAAUCCUUCUAGUCUUUAGUAAUAGCUUUGCAUGCACUGAUAGGGUAAAGAUAGAAACUACUGAGUGACCAUGUUGUAAUGCUGUGAUUUAGCUGUUUGUAACAUUGUGUAUUCAGAGAGGUGAUGUGUACUUGGCACUGUAGUUCUGCUUUGUAUUUAUGUCUUGGAGUUGGUGUCUCAUAGAAGAAUCCCAAAACAAACCAGUAGAAUAUCUGUUAGUUAACGUAUAGUGUAUUGAAUGUGUCCGAAACCAAAGUUUUAAUGCUUGCAUGCCGUGAUGCACUUGAUAAAAACUUGAUGUGCAAAAGCCA